AUGACGCCCCGGGCCAGUUCAGCGGCUUGUGACGACCCGGAUCCGAGUCUGCGGGUCAUACACAUUGAUCGGAAGACGCUGUUCAGUCGAGCUAUCGCGAUGCAGCGCCGCACGACAUCGGCGCACGAAAAAAGCAGUUGGCUGCCGUCGUGGCUUUUCGGUCGUACUUCGAGUCCACAGCUAGACGCAAUGGAACCGCGGUCGCCUUUUGCCAGCAACUCCGUGACAAGUGCCAAGUACAGCGUGUGGAAUUUCGUACCACGCGUGCUCGGAGCGCAGCUGCAGCGUCCUUCGAACGUGUACUUUUUGGUGAUUGCGGUUCUCCAGACGAUUCGAGAAGUUAGUAACACGCGCGGCAUCCCGACGAUUCUUUUGCCUUUGGCAGUGGUCCUUGUGUGCAGUGCCAUUAAAGAGGCACUGGAAGACCGAGAGCGUCAUCGAGCGGAUCGUGUGGCGAACAGUCGACCGGUGCUCACGCUCACCCCUUCAGGUCGUUGGGAACAGCGACGAUGGGGAGAGUUACGAGUCGGAAACAUUGUCAAGGUAAUGAAGGACCAGACGAUCCCAGCAGAUUUGUUUCUGCUGUCAGCUGAAGCAGUAAAACACGAUGGCGAUAGCAGCAAUAGACGACAACCGGUGCAAAUACUCGAGACGUCGAAUCCGAAAGAUGUCGGACAUCGGACGGACUCGGAAAAGAGAGAGACGUUUGCACAUGACGCGUCGGAGCGUCUCGCAGCUGCAAAAAACGAUGAAAUUAAAGCGUCUGAGCUAGCGCUGCUAGCGGAGGAGACAUCAACAACUAAUUUGGCGUACAUCGAGACAAAGUCGCUGGAUGGUGAAACGAAUCUGAAGAUCCGCACGGCUAUACCGUUGGUGGCUUCCCUUUGUCGGCAAUUGAGCAGCAGUAAUCACAUGAACAGUGGAGGCGGACACAACAAGCUGUGCGGUACAAUGACGUGCAAGCAGCCAAACAACCAAAGUACCAGCUUUGAAGGCACCUUUUCGGCCGUCCUGAGCCCAGCUCAAGCGCAUGCGCUCGAUGUAACAGAAAGUGACCCAGAGAAUGCUGCUCGCUCGUCGCGACCAGUAGCUCGAAGGUCUGCAACUGAUCUUCUGCAUACCAAAACAAAUGAUGAUGGUUCUAUAUGCGUGCGCAUGUCAGUUACAGCGAAGCAGAUGAUGCUACGGAGCUGCGUGCUUCGGAACACAGGCUCGGUGACAGGCUUGGUGGUGUUUACUGGGCACGAAACAAACGUGUUUUGCAGCAAUACCGAGCCCUUGGUGAAGACUUCAUCAGUUGAAGGGCGACUAAACCGGCUCAUUGUCGGUAUUGUGUUUAUCCAGCAGCUCGUUUGUUUUCUGGGUGCAUUGCUCGGUGCUCGCUGGACACACACAAAAGGAGACGCACCCUGGUAUCUUUUCAGUGCAACUGCGCGGCGACACGACGGUCUUAAUAGAGCUCCUCCUCCUGACGUUCUGGCUGAGCUUGCGAAGUUGCACCUGCGGUAUUUCAUUAUCAUGCAGAACUUUGUUCCUAUAUCGCUGAAUGUAUCGCUGGAGUUUGUCAAGUAUUUACAAGCUUACUUUAUCGAGCAGGACCUCGAGAUGUACGACAAGUCGUCCAAUACGCCGGCAAUCGUUCGGUCAUCAGCGCUCAAUGAAGAUCUAGGCCGCGUGCAUCAUGUCUUUACCGACAAAACUGGUACCCUCACGAAGAAUCUCAUGAUUUUUCGUUACUGUAUGGUGGGAGGAAAGCACUAUGGUGGUCGGCUGGACGAUAAAGGUAUGGAGGCGGACACUUCCAGCGAAACAAUGCCGACAAGGAGUGGUGCCUCGAAACAUGGCCCCAGGUACGUCGAUUUCGACCCUACCGAACUCUUUGCUGAUAUUCAGGCAGGAGGCGAGCAGGCAGAAACUCUUCGACACUUUUUGCAACACAUGGCAUUGUGUCAUACGCUGAUUCCCACGAAGCCUCUCGCAGAAAUGUACAACACACCCUAUCCGGAAUAUUCUGCAUCAUCACCCGACGAACAAGCGUUGGUAUCUGCCGCGGCAUUCUGCAACGUGCGCUUUGUCGAUAGAACUCCUGACGCCUUAAUGCUGUUGGAACCGGGAUCGACAGCGCCUCGUAGAUACAACAUACUCAAUGUGCUCGAGUUUGAUAGCGAUCGCAAGCGCAUGACAGUGAUUGUGGAGACUCCCGAUGGAACCAUUGAACUUCUUUGCAAAGGCGCCGACAAUGUCAUCUUCGAGCGGCUUGCUGUUGAUUGCGCGACAUUGCGUGGUCACACGGCGCAUGAGCAAGCGGUUGAUCAACUUACUUUGUACGCAAAAUCUGGAAUGCGUACUCUUUGCCUCGCGUAUAAAACCAUCACUCGCCGCGAGCACGAUGACUGGAAUGCUCGUUUUACACAGGCUUCUACCUCCAUUGAGGAGCUAGCGAAGCGGCGCCAAGGUCGCUCGAAUGCAAUCGACCACCUCAUAAACGAAAUGGAGCGCGACUUCGUUCUUUUGGGAAUCACAGCUAUCCAAGACAAACUGCAGGCUGGUGUGCCUACGACGCUACGUCUACUGCAGGAGGCGAAUAUUAAGAUUUGGACACUGACGGGUGACAAGAUGGAGACAGCUGUGAACAUCGGGUAUGCCAGUGCUCUUCUUUCUCACGAUACGGUCGUACAUCAAAUUGGAGGCGACGAUCCCGCAUCGACUGCUUCAGCGCUACAAGAGUUGGCUCAGCGUGCUGAUCUUAGUCCGUCGUCGCGUCAUCAAUCGCCGUUCAUGGCAUCGAUGUAUGAUACUCGUCCAAGGGUCGAUCAAGCCAUACAUACUCGCUGCCACGCUCAUGAUGGCCCACGCCAAACUACAAACCAAGCAAGCGGCUUUUGGGGCAAUGCAAGAAUACUAUUAGCCAAGUUUCCUUUUAGUGCACCGAUGGACAAAACGAUGAAGCACCAGCGAAAGCGGAAUGGAACGCGUGGAAUGUCAACGACUUAUUCAGCACUUGGUGGACGCUCGAUGUAUUCGGCAGCUGCGACUGAUGCAGAAACACCUGACAUGUCAACACUGGAUGAACAGUCUUUGUACGACGUCGGGAUUGAGGCUGACAACGGAACGACUCGUACGCCUGAAUACGGGUCUCUCGCUGCAAGUUUGCGAGGGGGAAAGGGUCAUCAGAACGAACUUGACUCAUCAAAGCUGGCACUUGUGAUUGACGGGCAGGCUCUCGACUUUGCUCUCCGCCCUCGAUUACGUAGUCUCUUUUACAAAGUUACGAGGCAGUGCGCAUCGGCAGUAAUAUGCUGUCGCGUAUCUCCGAAGCAGAAGGCCGAAAUUGUCAGAUUCGUACGCGAAUUCGAGCCCGAGAGCGUAACGCUCGCAAUCGGAGACGGAGCAAAUGACGUGGCAAUGAUCCAAGAAGCCCACAUCGGUGUAGGCAUUUCUGGUCAAGAAGGAGCACAGGCUGUGAAUGCCUCGGACUACGCCCUGGCACAAUUUCGCUUCUUGCAGCGGCUACUGUUUGUACACGGCCGGUGGGCUUACCGUCGGGUGGCCAAACUCAUGAGCUACAUGCUUUACAAGAACGUGACAUAUGUGCUCUCUGCCUUCUGGUUUGGAUGCUUCUGCGGGUUUUCAGGUCAGCCGCUUAUCCUGGAUGUAGCUGCACAAAGCUUCAAUGUGCUUUACACAAGUGUGCCGUUGGUACUUUUUGCUGUCUUUGACCAAGACGUAUCAUCGGUAAGUGCCUCCAAGUUUCCGUACCUCUAUGCACUUGGCCAGAAAAACAUGUUGCUAGCACGUCGCGUGUUCUGGCCAUGGAUAUUCAAUGGCGUCUGGCACUCCAUCGUGAUCUUCUUCGUUUCCGUUUGGGCUUUUGCAGGCUUCGGUCCAAACACCGGCGAUUUUUCUACCAUUGCUUCGGAGACAGGGAAAGAUAGCGGGCUGGUCACGAUGGGGUUUGUGGUGUUUACGAAUCUUGUAGUCGUCGUGAACGCAAAGCUGUGUCUUGAAACAUUCAUGCUGACGUGGCAGUUCUUGUGUGCAGUGAUUGCGUCUAUACUUUUAUGGUUUGGAGUUGGCUUCGUGAUUUCGCUACCAAAUGCUGGAUUUCCACAAGCUACUGGCGAAAUGGAGUACCUUCAAAAGACACCAACUUUCUGGUUGGUAUGUCUCCUCGUGCUGUCAUUGAGCCUUUUGAGAGAUGGUCUCUGGAAAUUGGUGCGCCGAUUUUUUCUGCCGUCCAUGCACCACAUUCUCCAGGAACGAGAAUUCAUGGGCUUACCGAAUUCCCCACGAAGCAUGUUGCUCGAGCUUCGUCGAUCCAAGUCGGAUGCUGCAUGGUGUGAUGUGCCACGAGUGGAGAGACUGGACGAAAACUUUAUGCGGUCAUCGCCGCUUGGUGAGAGGUUGAUCGCAUCCUCUUUGUCUGAACCAUCCAGUGACGACGACACCAUCGGCUCCGAUCAUGCAGCAGGACUAUUGCAAGUCCGAGAAAAAAAGAAGCGUAAUUUGCGCAUUCGUGGGACACUUUGUGCCACUGGCAGCGAUGAAUGCUUGGAUGCCGGAGUGGAGCCGUCGUUUUUGGAGUCUUCUGGAUGUGCAGCUGCAUCCAUCGAGGCAAAUGCAGCGGCUGGAUCUCGUCCGUGCUUCAGCGCAGGCCGUAAGUGUUCAUAUCAUGGCUACGCAUUUUCAGAGCUUGAGAACCUAAACGGUAGUGUGGCGUCAGCAUCUUCUACGAGCGACGUCGACUAUGCCAAGUCAUUUGGGGCACACGCAUCGAUCAAGAAAGUGUUCAAGUCGGUUCGCGGAAGAAAAAAUGCUUAG